AUGCGCGAAGUAAUUUCAAUUCAUGUUGGUCAAGCUGGUGUGCAGAUUGGAAAUGCAUGCUGGGAGCUGUACUGUCUAGAGCAUGGAAUUCAGCCUGAUGGCAUCAUGCCAUCUAAGAACGAGAACGAGUCUUUCACCACGUUCUUUUCGGAAACUGGAAAUAGCCGCUUUGUUCCCCGUGCAAUAAUGGUGGACCUCGAGCCGACGGUCGUUGAUGAAAUUAGGAGUGGAACAUACAAGCAGCUUUUCCAUCCUGAGCAAAUGAUCACUGGUAAAGAAGAUGCGGCUAAUAAUUAUGCUCGUGGUCAUUACACCGUUGGAAAAGAGAUCAUCGACCUCGUAUUAGAUCGAACACGACGUCUUGCCGAUAACUGUUCCGGUUUACAAGGAUUUUUGAUAUUCCACUCUUUCGGUGGAGGUACUGGAUCCGGAUUCACCUCAUUGUUGAUGGAGCGUCUCUCAGUUGAUUACGGGAAGAAGAGCAAACUUGAGUUUUCUAUCUACCCUGCUCCUCAGGUGUCUACUGCUGUAGUGGAACCGUAUAACUCUAUCCUGACGACACAUACUACUCUCGAGCAUUCCGAUUGUGCCUUUAUGGUUGAUAACGAAGCAAUUUAUGAUAUCUGUCGCCGCAACUUGGACGUAGAAAGACCUAGCUAUACCAACCUCAACAGGAUUAUUUCUCAGGUCGUCUCUUCAAUCACCGCUUCUCUGCGCUUCGAAGGUGCUUUGAAUGUUGAUCUCACGGAGUUCCAGACAAAUUUAGUCCCUUAUCCACGCAUACACUUUCCUUUGGCAACAUAUUCACCCCUUAUUUCUGCCGAAAAAGCAUAUCACGAGGCUUUGUCCGUAAAUGACAUUACCAAUAUGUGUUUCGAACCUGCAAAUCAAAUGGUGAAGUGCGACCCACGUAACGGAAAGUACAUGGCUGUUUGUCUCUUAUAUCGUGGCGAUGUUGUCCCGAAGGAUGUAAAUCAGUCCAUUUCUGCCAUUAAGUCGAAGCGCUCCAUUCAGUUCGUUGACUGGUGUCCAACUGGUUUCAAGGUUGGAAUCAAUUAUCAACCUCCGACUGUUGUUCCUGGUGGUGACAUAGCCAAGGUCCCUCGUGCCGUGUGCAUGCUCUCGAAUACGACUGCAAUUGCAGAAGCCUGGGCUCGCCUAGACCAUAAAUUUGAUCUAAUGUACGCGAAGCGUGCUUUUGUCCACUGGUAUGUUGGCGAAGGAAUGGAAGAGGGCGAGUUCAGUGAAGCACGUGAAGACCUUGCUGCUCUUGAAAAGGAUUACGAAGAGGUCGGGGUCGACUCUAACGAAGGUGUAUACGAGGAUGGAGAAGAGUAUUAA